AUGCCGUGUGAAAUGAUAACGGUCCAAUUGGGCCAAUGUGGUAAUCAAAUUGGAUUUGAAUUUUGGAAAAAACUAUGUGCCGAACAUGGUAUCAACCCAGAAGGAGUGCUGGAACCAUUUGCUACAGAAGGUGUCGGCGAUCGAAAAGAUGUCUUUUUUUAUCAGGCCGAUGACAAUCAUUAUGUGCCUAGAGCUGUUUUGCUGGAUUUGGAACCGCGUGUCAUACACUCAAUCAUGUCAUCCAACUACUCAAAACUAUACAACCCUGAAAAUGUAUUUCUAUCUAAACAUGGCGGUGGUGCUGGAAACAAUUGGGCAUCAGGUUUUAGUCAGGGCGAAAGACUACAGGAAGAAGUGUUUGACAUUUUAGAUCGCGAAGCAGAAGGCGGUGAUAGUCUUCAAGGAUUUGUGUUGUGCCAUUCAAUUGCUGGGGGUACAGGUUCAGGAAUGGGUUCAUUUAUACUUGAACAUUUAACUGAUCGAUAUCCAAAAAAAAUAAUUGAAACAUAUAGUGUAUUUCCAAAUCAAGACGAAAUUAGUGAUGUAGUUGUACAACCUUACAAUUCUUUAUUGACUUUAAAACGACUUGCUCAAAGUGCAGAUUGUGUUGUAGUCUUAGAUAAUACUGCAUUAAAUCGGAUUGCUACUGAUCGUUUACACAUAGAAAAUCCGUCAUUUGCUCAAAUAAAUUCAUUAGUAUCUACAAUUAUGUCUGUUUCAACUGCUACUUUAAGAUACCCAUCGUACAUGAACAACGAUUUAGUUGGUCUCAUUGGACCUUUGAUACCAUCACCGCGUUUACACUUUCUUAUGACAGGUUAUACACCAUUAACUACUGAUCAUGAGGAUGCUAAUAUUCGUAAAACGACAGUAUUUGAUGUAAUGAGACGGUUGUUGCAGCCUAAAAAUAUGAUGGUGUCCACAGCACAAGAAAGAUCUACUAUACCACAUUGCUACUUAUCUAUAUUAAAUAUAAUCCAAGGUGAUGUUGAUCCUACACAAGUAUACAAAUCACUCCAAAGAAUUAGAGAAAGAAAAACUGUAAAUUUCAUUGAAUGGGGUCCAUCCAGUAUUCAAGUUGCUCUUUCAAAAAAAUCACCUUAUGUUCCCACAGCUCACCGUGUAUCUGGUCUUAUGUUGGCUAAUCACACAAGCAUAUCUCAACUUUUCCAAAGAGUCCUGGAUCAGUAUGACAAAUUGCGACACAGAGAAGCGUUCUUAGAUCAAUUUCGUAAACAGAACAUGUUCAAAGAUGACCUAUGUGAAAUGGAUGAUUCUAGAGCUGUAGUUCAAAAUCUUGUAGAUGAGUAUUUGGAAGCCACUAAGGCUACAUAUCUUCAAUGGCAACCUAAAAAUGAUGUCAAGAAUUAA